AACCCACAGCCGAGCCAGCAACCGGCCGGGCGGCGGGAUGGAAAAAUCUGAGGGGGCCAUCGUCAACCUAACACUUCCCAAAGCCCUACGCCUGCGCCCUACCCCUAAGCCCUCAUUUCUGCUCUUGGAAGUCAACGCCUAUCCCUUCCAUCAGAAUUGCCCGUAACAUGGUCGACACAAGAGGUACAGACCCGUCUCUCGACGAGGCGGCCUCUUCGGAGUUGCCUGUUCCCUCUGUGACCGAAACCGCUGCUGAUGUACCCCCUAAAAUGUCUCAUCCUCUCGAGGAGGAUGACGGCUCCCUUUCACCGCGGGCCUCCAAGAAACGCCGUUUGGAAGCCGACCCAGGCGACCUUUCACUCCCACCACCCCCGCCCGCAUUAACGCCAGACCAAGCCCCAGGCAAUCAGAUUGAAGAAGAGCUGGCCUCCGCGCUGGGUUCUGGUGUGGUUGAUCCCGUGGAGCGGCCGGUGGACACGCCCGUUCCGAUUGAAGGGACCGCGGAAGGCGCCGUGCCACCACCGGAGAGCAGUGCCGACAUCGAUUCGGACAUGGCCACGGUGAUCUCGAGCAUCAUGAAUCACGCAGAACGGGUAGAAGAACAGGUUGUGAUCGACCAGCAGCAAUUGGUGGAUACUGCCAGUGCAUCGCCUCCAAAGGGCAUGGUGUUUGUCAAAGCCAACUCGCACCUGAAGAUCCAGAGUUUGCCUAUCCUUGACAACUUGUCCACUCAAAUCCUCUCGCUGUUGGCCAAGUCCUCGUACCAGGAGAUCACCUCCUUCGUUUCCGAGCCUGAGACCGAAAGUGGCCAGGCCUACGCGACUAUGCGAUCGCUCUUCGACCAUACGAAAAAGGUCUACUCCAGCAAAAAGUCUUUUCUUUCGCCUACGGAGCUGGAGCUCACCGAAACCUCACAAAUCGAUAUUAUUCGCAAAGCCAAUCUGGCCUCGUUCGUUUCUAGUAUCUUCGGCACUCAGGAGAUUGGGUUUUCGGAGUUGAAUGAUAAUUUUCUCGAUGUGUUUGUCCCAGAGGGUGGUCGUCUACUCAAGGUGCAGGGCGCAUUGUUCCUGGAACUCAAGACUCAGGCGUUCAUCGCAUCGAUGAACAACUCCGAGCGAACGAGAACCGAGCUGCUUUACGACCUGUUUCCUGAUGAGCUGGAGCAGCACCUGCUUGAUCGGCGACCUGGAACUCGCCAGCUAGCUCCCAGUGAAGCCGACUUUGUCAAACGGGCUGGUUCGCGCCGGGACAUUCUUCUGAGCGAUGUCAACAACGAAGACGCCAUGAAGGCCUUGCCGGAUAAGUACCACUGGGAGGACUUUCUUCGGGACCUGAGCUCCUACAUCACAAAGAACUUUGAUACCAUCAGCAACCAACAGGCGAAAAAGACCGCCAAGGGUCGACAACCAUCCUCGUCCGAUGGAGACUCACAGCCGCCCAACGCCCCCCUACAAGGCCAAUUCCCGGUCUCCACACAGCCGCCUGAUGUCCCGGUUGAUAGAAACAUGCACGGUGACCUCGUUGCUCGUGCGGCUCGUGCGGCGCAAAUCGCGCUGCAAGGCCACGGCCUGCGGCGAUCCCAACAACAGGCGCAACAGAACCAACAACAACCACCGCAGCAACCACCGCAGCAUCACCAGCAGCACGCGAUGCACCAACCCCAACAACUGCAGCAACAACCGCCUCAACAUACGCAACAGCCGGGGGGUCAGAUCCUGCACGGUUAUUCUGCGGCCCAGCCAACCGGUCAGAUGCAACAUCAGCAGGCCCACCAGCAGUCAUACCAUCACAGUCCCGCGCCGUCUGGUUAUCAGCAGCCGCCCGGGCAACUGACAUUCCAGCCAAGUCCUCUGCAGGCGAACUUCCAGCAAUACAAUCACGUUACGCCUGCUUCGAUCCCGAGACCCAACUCGGCAGCCGCCAACCAUGGCUACAUGCCUGGCAUCCCCCACUAUUCACAGUCCCAGCCGACUCAGGUGCUGUAUGAGCGCGCGCGCAUGGCAGCCUCCGCGAAGUCCUCUCCCAGCAGCCGCAAGUCUGGCUUGCCAAGCCAGCGUCGACCGUGGACGACUGAAGAAGAGAACGCUUUGAUGGCGGGUCUGGACCGGGUUAAGGGCCCUCACUGGAGUCAGAUCCUCGCCAUGUUCGGGCCUGGUGGCACCAUCAGCGAAGCGCUGAAGGACCGCAAUCAGGUCCAGCUCAAGGACAAGGCGCGUAACCUCAAACUGUUCUUCCUCAAGAGCGGCAUUGAAGUUCCGUAUUACCUGAAGUUUGUCACGGGCGAGCUGAAGACGCGCGCGCCCGCCCAGGCCGCCAAACGCGAAGCCCGCGAACGGCAGAAGAAGCAGGGUGAGGAGGACAAGGCACAUGUCGAAGGCAUCAAGGGGAUGAUGGCGCUUGCCGGGGCACAUGCUCAGCCGGUUGGACUCGGCCACGGCCACGACAUGUCGGCGUCGCCCCUGCCGCCCGAUGCUGGGGCCCAUGCGGCGUUUGAUCAAACAGCCGAGCAGAACCUGAUGCAGACUCUCGGCCAGGAGGUGCAUGGCGAGGCAUUCGGACAGCAUCACCACCACCAUCACCACCAUCAUCAGCAUCAUGCUCACCACCAGGACCACGUGGACCCGAAUAUGCAUCUCGGACAAUGAACGGUCGUCAUUGCUCCUUUGUUUUUUCCUUCUGCUUUAUCUUUCUUGCCACUGCUCACGUGUAUCAAAAUGUGCCUCUAUGCGUGUUGGUCUUUUAUUCUAGCGAUUGGAGUGAUUUCCAGGGACAUGGGGACCUGAGGUGUAGGUCGUUGAUGUUGGUUGUUGGGGAGACGACCGUGUCGGAGUCUGGGCUGUGUAACAAUAUAUAGUAAUUUCCGUGACAGCGAGGAUGUGCAGCAGACUGUAUUCUACGAAUGUAUGCUUGUCUCC